AUUUUUCAGACCUGAGUACACUCACCGAUCAAACUGGAUCCAAAGGGUGCAGCGACCAUCGCUGACCCUUCUCUGUUGUUUUGACCCCCCCACCCUUGGCUGACAGACGUCACUAGGAUGAACUGGACAAGCAAAACACUGAAUUCUACAAACUGCAGCAACGAUGAUUUUAAGUUCCCUGUGUUCAUCCAUUCCUACAGUCUGAUUAUGAGCUUUGGCCUCAUUGGGAAUGCUGUGGCCUUGUAUGUCUUUGUGAAGCUGACUCACCGCAAGACGGCCAACACGGUUUUCAUGAGUAACCUGGCCAUUUCAGACCUGUUCUUCACUCUCACUCUGCCUUAUCGGAUUCUCUAUUACUCACAGCGCGAGUGGAAGCUGAGCUCCUUCCUUUGCAGAAUUACCACCUACGCAUUCUACAUGAAUCUCUACAGCAGCAUCUUCUUCCUGAUGGCUCUCAGCAUCUUCCGUUACAUCGCUGUCCUACACCCACUUCGAUCCAAAAGCCUAGUCACCUUGAGGCGAGCGCUCUUGGUCUCCCUUGGGAUCUGGAUCUUUGUUGGAUUGGCCUGUAUCCCCUUCCUUCGCGCCUCCUCUCAGCUGAGGGAUGGGAGGUAUCGGUGUUUUGAGCCGACAGUAAUGAGCUGGCAACAGAUUCUGAAGAUGAACUACUUUGCACUCGUGGUGGGUUUCCUCUUGCCCUUCCUCACGAUCAUUGCUUGCUACACCCGCAUCAUCCAGCGCCUGAGGACAUCGGGAGAGACGUUGCAGAGUAACAUGCACACUCGGAGGAAAUCGAUCUACAUGAUUGUCUUUGUGUUGUCCUCCUUCCUGUUCUGCUUCUUGCCGUACCAUAUCAUCAGGACGGUUCACCUCCACCUCAUGGUGCAGCAGCGAACGUGCCAAGUCAUUACCGUUGUCAUCGAGAAGAUGAUUGUGGUGACCAUCUGCCUGGCUGCAGCCAAUAGCUGCCUCAACCCUCUCCUCUACUACUUUGUUGGCCAGAAUUUUCAGAACACCAUCAAGACCUCCACAGUCCACAGGUCCAGAUCGACAAACAGCCGGAUUAUCGUAUCCCAGUGACCAUUCCACAGCAAUGAGGCUGUGACUCUGCUAGUGAUUGUCAGGCCCCUGCCCCAUCCAGCACACCGGUGAAGGCCCAGCUUAGCGGCACUCGUGCCAUUGUUUCAAAUUUGGACAGUGAUGCAGUGAUGACUAAUCCAGGAGCCCUGGCUAAUGCUCUGGGAGGGGGGGGAGGAGUGGCGGUGUACACAGGUUCAAA